CUUCUCUUGACUUUACCUUUGGCCAUGUGAUUUGCUUGAGACUGUUACAGUCGGGUAGAUGUGAUAGUGUGCCAGUUGCAAGCCUGCACCUUAAGAGGCUUCACAUAUCUCCCCUUGGUCUUUUGUACUUUUGGCAUCGUCAUGAGAAGAAAUCAGCCAGGCCAGCCAACUGUUACCAGGAGGAAGCUAUGAGACCAUGUAGUAACACAACCACCCUGGAAUUGGUUGACUCCUAGGCGUGUGAUUGGGCCCAGGCAAGAUCAGCAGAGCUCUCCUAACAAGUCCGCCCAGAUCAGCCAACACACAGGCUUAAUGGAGAUCUCCUCUCACCAGUCCCACCUCCUGCAACAACUGAAUGAGCAGCGCAGGCAAGACGUCUUCUGUGACUGCAGCAUUCUGGUGGAAGGGAAGGUCUUCAAAGCACAUCGAAAUGUAUUAUUUGCUAGCAGUGGUUACUUCAAAAUGCUCCUUUCUCAGAAUUCGAAGGAGACAAGUCAGCCGACCACAGCUACAUUUCAGGCCUUCUCCCCUGACACUUUUACGGUCAUCCUGGACUUCGUCUAUUCUGGCAAACUCUCUCUCACGGGUCAGAACGUUAUAGAAGUGAUGUCAGCCGCCAGCUUCCUUCAGAUGACUGAUGUCAUUAGCGUAUGUAAGACCUUUAUUAAAUCUUCGCUAGACAUCAGUGAGAAAGAAAAAGAUCGCUAUUUCAGUCUCUCCGAUAAAGACGCCAAUUCUAACGGUAUAGAACGUUCCUCCUUUUAUAGCGGCGGCUGGCAAGAAGAAAGCGGUUCUCCGCACUCUCACCUGAGCGCAGAUCAAGGAACAGGUGUCAUAAGUGGGAAAUCUUGGAGUAAGUAUAAUUACCAUCCAACCUCCCAAAGGAAUACUCAACAGCCUUUGGCCAAGCAUGAACAAAGGAAAGACUCCAUUAAAAAGUCCAAACAUUUGAGGUUGUCACAGCCUUCUGAAGUCGCUCAUUAUAAGUCCAGCAAACGAGAAGCACGAACCUCAGAUUCUUCCGGCCACAUUUCCCAAUCUGAAGAACACGCACAGAUUGAUGCUCACAUGGACUCCACGCCCGUUGGCUAUCCGUAUGGUCCAGGAUCUGAUGUCACAUCCAGAAGCUUUCCAGAUGAUCUGCCCAGGAUGCGGUUCAAGUGUCCCUACUGCACCCACGUGGUGAAGCGGAAGGCAGACCUCAAGCGCCAUCUUCGCUGCCAUACAGGGGAAAGACCCUACCCAUGUCAAGCCUGUGGGAAGAGGUUUAGCAGGCUGGACCACCUCAGUAGCCAUUUCCGCACAAUUCACCAGGCAUGCAAAUUAAUCUGCAGGAAAUGCAAACGCCACGUGACUGAUCUAACAGGGCAAGUGGUCCAGGAAGGAACCAGGCGCUACAGACUCUGUAAUGAGUGCCUCGCUGAAGUGGGCAUAGACAGCCUCCCCAUUGAUCUGGACGCCGAACAGCAUCUUAUGUCCCCAUCAGAUGGAGAUAAAGAUUCCAGAUGGCACUUGAGUGAAGACGAGAACAGAUCGUACGUGGAGAUCGUAGAGGAUGGGUCUGCUGAUCUGGUCAUACAACAGGUUGACGAUAGUGAAGAAGAAGAAGAGAAGGAAAUAAAGCCUAACAUUAGGUAGCUAACAUGCGAACCAACAGCGCUGUCAUGUCUGCAACUUACGCUGACUUCCUGUAUCUCUCUCUUUCCGUGGUCAGAGUCUGGCUCACAAAGGCAUCAGACUGACAUUAAGGUGAUGGCCUAAUAGAACUUGCAUGCUUUCCGAACAGGUCAUGGUACCCAUUCUGAACUUUGUUGCCCUAAAAUGUGUUGCUGCACUGGAAAGAAAGACCUAGCUUGAGUUGGCAUGAUGGACGAACAAUUAAUCUUCUUCCUUUUAUUACAGAGAUACAUUUUUUUCUUUUAAUAUUGAAAGAUCUACUUAGCAAACUUUUCUCAAAGAAAAUAUUUUAAAUAAAUUUACCACAACCAAACUUUAUGUAAGAUAAUUUCAAGGUGUUUCAAAAACACAAACUACCAAUAUUCAACCAAGGAAGAGCACAUUUAAGGGUCUGGCACCCUUACCUGACUGAAUUAUAAGUCUUUCUAUUAAUUUCAGAUCUAAUUUAAUUUCAGAUCUAAAACAACCUUUCAGUAUCCCAAUAUCCUAGAUAUUGUUUUAGGAUUAUGGCAGAUGACAAAUCUAAAAUGUGUGAAACCGUUCAUAGUUGAAUUUUUUGUCAUUAAGGUAAAGAUGACUCUUGUGUAGUCAGUAUUGUUUAAAAAACAAAAACCUAAAACAGAGGAAGACCAGAGAUUACAUACAGACAUCAUCUUCUAAAGCAGGAAACAAAUACUGCCUAAAAGUUAAGGUAGUUUGUGAAGAUCUGUCAGUAUAAUUCUCUUCCUCUCUAAAGGAAAACGAGCAAACAAACAAA